CAAAAGGGGCGUUCUAUUGUGGUGGCUUGGGGACGCGGAACAGAACAAUCGAGAAAAGCCAGUCGCCGAUCUUUCAAGCUCCGACCGGAAUCCAUGGCGUUGCAGGCUGGCGUUCAGACCUCCAAGGUCCUCAUCCUUGUUGGCGCAGGUUUAUCUGGUUCAAUUAUGCUGAGACAUGGGAGAUUGUCUGAGCUGAUAGCGCAGCUUCAAGAGUUACUCCAGGGAACCGAAGGAGUUGAUAUUUCAUCAUAUAAGUAUGAUAGUGCACAACUUGCUGCUCAGAUUCGGCAGAUAGCAAAAGAGAUCAAAGAACUAAGCCUAUCCAAUCCAAUAACUAUUUUUAAUGGAAAUUCAAACUCCAGCGGGAGUUAUGCUUCUUACCUAGUGCCAGCUGCUGCACUUGGAGCUAUGGGAUACUGUUACAUGUGGUGGAAGGGUUGGUCAUUUUCUGAUGUGAUGUUUGUAACGAAGAAAAAUAUGGCAAGUGCAGUCACUGCUGUCUCGAGACAGCUUGAUGAUCUUUCAGAAACCUUAGCUUCAACAAGGAGACAUCUUUCUAAAAGGUUGGAGACGUUGGACUUUAAGGUGGAAGAGCAGCACGAGACAUCUAAUCUCAUCUUAUCCAAUGUUGGUGAAAUGAAAUCAAAUCUUUCUCAGAUUGGGUUUGAUGUCCAGACAAUUCAUGAAAUGAUAUCUGGCAUAGAAGGGAAGAUUGAACUUCUUGAGAGCAAACAGGAUGUGACAAUCUCAGGACUAUGGCACCUAUGCCAAGUUGCAGAUGGUGUUAAGAGCGGGACAGGCACAAAAGCUUUUCAGGACUUUGGUUCACCGUUACCCAUCGAAUCAAAAGGGGCACCUGAUAACUCUCUCGAGGGCCUCAGGUUUCUAACGGAAGAGGGCGAAACGAACGAGCCGUCAGAGGAAAAAGCCGUGAAACAGUCGGAAGAAAAGACACCGGCAACAACGGUAACGAGAAGAGUUCACCGAUCGUUUACGAGCGGGAUAUCUUGGGUCCGGAAUGUUACUUGACAUUCUUCUUUAUACAAAGCCUUUUGCUGUUUGUUAUUAUUAUACGCCCCAACGCUCUUGGGGCCAUUUUUUUUGUUCCAUUUGUACCGCCGAGUAGAGUACCAUUGAAAUAAACGUAACUCGGCGAAAAAUACCAUUCACCAAAAUCCAUCAUUUAUUUCUUUCC